UACAGGGAUGACCAGAGACUGCGGACACAGUACAGGGAUGACCAGAGACUGCGGACACAGUACAGGGAUGACCAGAGACUGCGGACAGUACAGGGAUGACCAGAGACUGCGGACAACAGUACAGGAGAUGACCAGAGACUGCGGACAGUACAGGAGAUGACCAGAGACUGCGGACAGUACAGGGAUGACCAGAGACUGCGGACAGUACAGGGAUGACCAGAGACUGCGGACAGUACAGGAGAUGACCAGAGACUGCGGACAGUACAGGGAUGACCAGAGACUGCGGACACAGU